GUAGUAAUUGAGUUUCUGUGAAUAACCGUUCAGAACGCAAAAGCAGAGACGCCAUUAGCGCAGCGCGAUAACCCACUCGAUCUCACCAAAAAUCCUUAUCUUUUGCCCUCUGCUCUGCCCGCCACCAUCAUCCCGAGAGGGUUUCGGAAUUAUUCGAAAAAAAAAUGUCAGGGAGACGAAAAAUACCAUCAUCUUUUGAGCGACGUCCCAUUCAAUCUCCAGGUAUGAUGCGGCAUGGUCCAUUGCCCGGGUUAGGGCCUACUACUGGCCACCAAUCAUUUGAGUCGCUACCCCAUCCUGAACUAUUGGAAAAUAAAAUUGCAUAUCAAGCAGCAGAGAUAAAACAACUGGCAGGAGACAAUAAUAGAUUGGCAGCUUCUCAUGUGGAUUUAAGGCGGGAUCUUGUAGCUGCAGAGGAGGAUGUAGAAAGACUUAAGGCACACAUGAGAAGCAUCCAGACUGAGAGUGACAUUCAGAUCCGGGUUUUGCUUGAUAAGAUUGCAAAACGGGAAGCAGACAUAAAGGCUGGUGAGGGUGUGAAGAAGGAAUUGCAAAGGGCUCACAUGGAAGCACAGAGCUUGUUUAUAGCACGACAAGAGCUGACCAUUAAAAUUCAACAGGCCAAAGAGGAAUUGCAGAAGGCUCGACUGGAUGUUCAGAAACUACCAGAUUUGAAUGCUGAACUUGACAGCUUGAGGGAAGAACACCAGAGGCUGCGUUCUACUUUUGAAUAUGAGAAGGGUUUAAACAUAGAGCAAGUUGUGCAAAUGAAAGCAAUGGAGAAGAAGCUAAUUGGGAUGGCUAGAGAAGUAGAAAGGUUGCGUGACGAGGUCCUGAAUUCCGAGAAAAGAGAACAUGCACCAAACACACAUACUGGUGGUUACACAAAUCCACAUUCGCAUUUCCCACAUAAUAUCCAAGGUGGUAGUGCGAAUUUUGAUGGUUAUGGGAGGCCUUAUGUUUCUUUCGGUAUUCGGCCACCAGGAGAUGGAACAGUUCCAUAUGGCAGCAGCAGCUACGUAGCUGCUGGUGUAGGUGUCCCAACUGCUGCUGCUGGUGCUAUUUGGGGAGCAGCUUAUGAUCCCUCGCUUGAUGCAGCUGCCCCUAGCUCUGGGGUUGGUGCUGUUUGGAAAGGUGCAUAUGAUUCUGCGCUUUCACAAUAGUGUAUACUGGACAAGACCUUUGGUUACCAGGGCAUAAGGCGGAAGUUUAGUGCGGGUCGUAGGAUUGAAGGGAUUAUUUUCUUCUUUUGGUUUGUGUAGUAAGUUGAAUGAUACUUUUGCCAUAGAGAAUUAUCGAGUAUCGGUAGUGAUAGGUGUAGUAGAAAAAUUGUACAAGUUGUCUAAUGAACAAGCCAUUUAUUUUUCAAUCUUUACAGUGAUAACGAUGAUUUAGGUGUAAAUAUAUAGAUAUUGAUUGUAAACAGAAUUACUCUUAUUCUUAUUAGAAACUUAGAAACUCCAA